AUGGCGAAUCUCGCUAAUACCAUGGAAGCUAAUGCUGCUGCAACUCUGCAAGCGGUGCAGAGAUUAGGCCAACCGGCCGAGAACGGAAAUGGCAACGGGAAUGGUGAAGGGAAUGCCAAUGAUAAUGCUGAGGGUAACGGUGAUAACACAGAAGGAGUUCCAAUGACCUUGGCAACGUUCCUCAAGGUUCAUCUGCCAACUUUCCGAGGGUCCCAAAAUCCUACUGAACCGGACCACUGGUUCCGAGCUAUGGAGAGUGCUUUACAGGCGCAGCAUGUUCCCCUCAAUCAAUAUGUAGAGUUUUCCACUUAUCAGCUAGCGGGAGAAGCCCAGCCCUGGUGGCAAGCUAAGUGUCGUUUGCUACAGCUUCAGACCGCCAACAUUCCAUGGGAGGUAUUCCAAACGGCUUUCUAUAAGAAAUACUUCCCUGAGUCUGCAAGGGAAGUGAAGCAGAUGGAGCUAAUGCAGCUGAAGCAAGGUUCCAUGUAUGUGGCUGAGUAG